CAAAGGUCUUUACCGAGUUGAUAUGUCUAUCAUUAACUAGUGCGCGUCCGAUAGUGACAGACAGAAUAACCUAGUAGCUCGGAGAACGGAGAAAGGAAAACAUGAAUCGUCUGCUGUCCUUGUGCUUGGUGCUUCAAUGCAUCGUUUCUGCCAUUGCAGCCCAGUACGGAAUUAGCAGCGGGGUGACACUUAAUACGAGUCUGAACUUCACUCUCCCUCCACUAACGAAGAUUCUCCUCCUGUUUUGGCUGCAAGAGAAUACUCCCAUCACUUUAGAAUAUUUGUAUGAUGAUAGGAAUACAACUGGGACUGGGAAACUCAACUACCAAAGACAAACUGAAACUGAGCCUUACUUCAUCUUAAUAUACCCUGAUAGAAUCAAUAUGUCAAAACCAGCGACCGUGGAGAGCCCUUUGAAGCUAGACCCACAGCCGCGUUCUUUAACAGGAAGAGUACUCAAAGUGUUUAGCGAAAAAAAUGUUACCUGGGAGAUGUAUACCCCACCUGAAAACGUAUCAACGAAAGGUGAUGAUGAAACGACAUCCCCGCAAUAUAUGAUAGUCUCCCUGGCCGCCUCAUCUGGACUCAUGGGCUUGAUAGCAAUAAUCCUCGCCUUCUACGUGUGCUACCUGAAGACUACUACUACAAAAUUGCAGCCAGAUGUUUCUUCAGCGGAUUCUCGCCUAAAACGAAUGGCGUCUCACGACAGCGAGAACAGCCUGUAUGGGGCGGUUAUUCGAUGAAGCUUUCGGGGUGGUUACGACCACCAGCACUCUGAGUGGGUCCUUGAUGAACACUAGACCUUGGGAAUGACAUCGAUGACGCGGCUCUUAGCCAGAAAGAUUGACCAAACAAUAAUGUACGUGCUCCAAUAUGUCACACUGUACUCGGCUGUCAAAUGAUAAUAGACUUCAUUACGUGAAACCCACAAUACGAAAAUGAAAUUUAUUAAGCUUUCGAAGGGCGGUAGCACCUUCGAAAGCGGAAUACAUUUCUUAACCUUUAGGCAAGAAUGUCUUUAAUAAGCCGCCAUAUGUUAAGGAAUCUACCGUAUAUACCUUGAGAAUUUGUAUUGCUUUUACAUUGUGUUCUGCAUUCAGCAUGUUUUGUAAAUCUACACAUUAUGUUAUCUGACCAAUAAAAUUUUGGAGUUUCAA